AACCUCAAACAAAAGCCCUCGCUCUCUUCACUCUUACCUCUAUCUCGCUCUCUAUUUCUCAUACUUGUGCGUGUAACCAUGGGGAGUAGUGAGAGAAAGUCGGCCGGAGUAUUGGAGCCGACAAUGUACACGGCGUCGAUGAUGGCGAUGGUGGUGCUGAUUGUGCUCGCGGCAUGUGCUGACCUCUGCGACGGCGUUACGGUCGUCGACGUCUAUCGCCUCGUUCAGUACGAUCUCGCCGGCGUUCCUUUUGGAUCUCGAUUCGCCUCUCUUAAUCAUCACGCUGCUUCUUCUCUCUUCUCUUCCGGCGCCGGUAGUGGUAGUGGUGGUGGUAAUUCAGCUGCCGCAGCUGAUCUCUCGCGUACGGUUUUGAUUCUUCCGCUUCGUGAAUUGAACCUCACUCUCAUUCGAGAAUAUAUUGGACAAAGAAAGAUCUUGGGUGGUUUACUUCUUUUACUUCCUUCUAUAUUUAAUCCUGAGAAUGUAGACAAUAUGGGUGAAGCUGAUCAUUCUACAUAUACGGGUGAAGCUGAUCAUACUCCUGCAGAAGAUGUUUCAAGGGACAUCUUAGUUGAACUUGAGCAGUUGCUAAUACAUGCCAACAUUCCUUAUCCUGUUUAUUUUUCUUUUGAGCAUGACGAUAUCAAUGCUGUGCUGGUGGAUGUCAAGAGGAAUGAUGUUACUGGUCAGCCUGCAACCGCGACCACAGGCGGGUACAAGCUCGUUGUUGCUGCUCCAGAACCAAGGAAAAUAGGAUCUCCUGCCAUCACAAACAUUCAGGGAUGGUUGCCAGGACUGAAAGCUGAUGCUGAUUCAAAUCAACUUCCUACUAUUGCCAUAGUGGCAUCAUACGACACGUUUGGGGCUGCACCUGCACUGUCUAUGGGAAGUGAUAGUAAUGGAAGUGGUGUUGUGGCUCUUCUCGAGAUUGCUAGGUUGUUUUCCAUUUUAUAUUCCAACCCCAGGACAAGAGGUAGAUACAAUUUACUGUUUGGCCUGACGUCUGGUGGGCCCUAUAACUACAAUGGAACUUAUAAGCGGCUUCGCAGCUUUGAUCAACGUCUACGUGAGAGCAUUGAUUAUGCUAUUUGCUUGAAUAGUAUUGGCUCAUCAGGCGACAAGUUGUGGGUUCAUGUGUCAAAACCUCCAGAAAACGCAUACAUAAAGCAAAUCUUUGAGGGUAUUUCUAGUGUUGCUGAAGAAUUGGGGCUAGAAGUGGGUCUUAAGCACAAGAAGAUAAACAUCUCUAAUCCUCGAGUAGCCUGGGAGCAUGAACAAUUUUCAAGGAUUCGGGUUACAGCAGCUACACUCUCAGAACUCUCUGUUGCCCCUGAGUUGCUAGAAAGCACUGGUGGUCUGUCUGAUAACAGACACUUUGUGAAUGAGGCUUCAGUAGUUCGAAGUGUCAAGUUAGUUGCGGAAAGCCUAGCGAGGCAUAUAUACAACCAGGACGGGAAAAACAUCAAUAUCUUCGCUGAUGAUAGUAGUUUGGCUGUCAAUCCUUCUUAUAUACGUUCAUGGUUGAACCUUCUAUCUACAACACCACGUGUGGCACCAUUUCUUACAAAAAAUGACCCACUCAUCAUGGCACUUAAAAAGGAAUUGACAGAGCAUACUGUUGAGGUGAAUGUACAACAUGAGGUGCUCGAUGGGUUGUUCACUUUCUACGAUUCAACAAGUAGUCAAUUACAUAUAUACCAGGUGGCCAGUGUGACAUUUGACUUGCUUUUGCUACUCGUACUAGGAUCUUACUUGAUUAUUCUUUUCAGUUUCCUUGUUAUCACAACCAGGGGUCUUGAUGAUCUCAUCAGCAUAUUUCGUCGCCCCCCCUCGCGAAAAGUAAAAACAGCUUGAAACAAGAAACAGGAUGUUUAGCAAUGGAUCAUUGCACCCUUGGGGGUUGGCAUUUUUAGCCUGAACUGGAACCUGCAUUGGAUGAGUACUUCGUGACCUCUACUAGUAUGUAGAUCAGGCAGCCAUCUCGAAGUAGAAUUUUUGCAAUCUAGCACUGAUGUUUAACGAGGGAAUCAUGCAUCUCCAGAAAAUUUUGUUUAAUAGGUGUAAUCUUGUAGACUUACACAAGAAAGGCUGCGGCUUUCAUGUUUUAGCGCUACAGGACCAAGCUGCCAGUCUGACUAUAGAUAUGAAGGCCAAUCUUUGACGUUUAAAUUAAAUCUUUCCUUUCAUUAAAUGAAGACUCUAGUGCAUGUAUUCUCAAGCAUGAUGAACUUGAUUUCUCCGAAGGAAACAAGAGCACUGCUUCAAUAAUAGAGAGAUGAUUUGGGCGACUUGCUGGUUUGACCGA